GUUGUAGUUUCUAUUCAUCGUAUUUGGCUGCUGUGCAGAAUGCAAAAAACUACAACACCCAUUAGCCCCCGGGUGGGUGCGCGGCUCCUUGACCAUGGCGCUGUGUAUGUAAGGGAAAUAGAGCAAGAUAAGGAACCCGGAGGGAUACUGGGACACCGGAGACCAUGGGCUCCAGGCUGAAACAAAACCCAGAGAACACAUUUGAAGUGUACGUUGAAGUGAACCGGCCAGGAAGAAAUUCGACUGAUGAAGAUCCUGAGCUGCAGCGGAUCUUCCCUGAAGACUUCAGUGACCAGGAAGUCCUGCAGACUGUCACCAAGUUUUGCUUCCCAUUCAGCUUAGACAGCCUCACCUCCAGCCACGUUGGACAGAACUUCACAUUUGUACUAACUGACAUUGACAGCAAGCAGAGGUUUGGCUUCUGCCGGUUAUCUUCAGGCGCUAAAAGCUGCUUUUGUAUCUUAAGCUACCUCCCAUGGUUUGAAGCGUUUUACAAACUGCUGAACAUCUUGGCAGAAUACUCCUCGAAAAAUCAGGACUCUCAACGCAAUGAACUCCUUAAGACUCUCUUUAGACUUCCGAUUCCGGAACCUGGAACACCUAUGCAUCUGAGUGUGCAUUUCUAUUUUACAGUGCCUGAUCCUCGGGAAUUGCCCAGUAUACCAGAGAAUAGAAACCUGACAGAGUAUUUUGUGGCCGUUGAUGUGAAUAAUAUGCUACACCUCUACGCUAGUAUGUUAUAUGAACGAAGAAUCCUGAUUUGCUGCAGCAAACUCAGCACGCUGACUGCCUGCAUUCACGGAUCUUCCGCCAUGCUCUUCCCGAUGUACUGGCAACAUGUUUACAUCCCAGUUCUUCCUCCACACCUGCUGGACUACUGCUGCGCUCCUAUGCCGUACCUAAUAGGAAUACACUCAAGCUUAAUGGAGAAGGUGAAAGGGAUGAGUCUGGAUGAUGUAGUGUUUUUGAAUGUGGACACCAAUACCUUGGAGACGCCGUUUGAUGACCUUCAGAACUUGCCCAAUGAAGUGGUCUCUGCAUUGAAAAACCGUCUUAGAAAAAUGUCCACAAAUACCGGAGAUGGAGUGGCUAGGGCUUUCCUGAAGGCCCAAGCAUCUUUGUUUGGUAGCUACAGAAAUGCACUCAAAAUUGAGCCGGAGGAACCUAUCACUUUUUGCGAGGACAGAUUUGUUUCCCAUCGCUCCAGUGGGUUGAGGCCAUUCCUUCAGAAUGCAAUCCAGCUACAGCUGUUCAAACAGUUCAUAGACGGGAGGCUGGAUUUAUUGAACUCUGGAAAUGGAUUCAGUGAUGUUUUUGAAGAAGAAAUCAACAUGGGUGAAUAUGCAGGUAGUGAUAAGCUGUAUCAUCAGUGGCUUUCAACAGUAAAGAAGGGUAGUGGGGCUUUUAUCAACACAAUGAAGACCAGAGCCAAUCCUGCCAUGAAGACAGUCUACAAAUUUGCUAAAGAUCAUGCGAAAAUGGGAAUCAAAGAGGUGAAAAACCGCUUGAAGCAGAAGGAUAUGGCUGAAAAUGGAUUCAGCACUGCCACAGAAGAACCUCUCCCUCAAAUAUCCCCUUCACCAUCUAUUGAAAAGAAAAAAGUAGAUGAAAGAAGGCCCAUAACAGUGCAUUUUGGACAGCAAGAAAAGAUUCCUCCACCACGACCACCUCCUCCCAGGAUCCAGCGGUCCACCACACCCGUUCGCCCAGCAAGGCCUCAUGUGCCCCGACGUCCAAAAAAUAAUGCUGUGGUAGAGAGCCGCACAGCAGCCGAAUCUAGUCCUGACCACAUUGUAAAACCCACUCGUCACUAUACUGUUUUUCUCUCUGAAGAUUCUUCUGAUGAUGACUUCCUGCAGGAGGAAGACUCUGUUUCUGCCUUUCCUGAAAGCUUUAUCUUCUCUGCUCCUUUUGAAUGGCCUCAACAUUAUCGAACCUUGAAGGAAUCUGAAGCUGAUGGGGAUGAAGCGAUCAGCCCAGAGAAGAAGAGUCGGGAAGUAGUAGUUGAAGAACCUCAUAGUACAGAGGUCAAACACAUUAGUCUUCUAGAAGACAUAUUUAGCAAUUUACAAACAGAACCACCACUACUGAGCCAAGCCAAAAGUUUAGAAGAUCUCAGAACACCCAAAGAGGACCAUGAAAGCCACUUAACUUUUGAUUACCAGAGAAUGGAGUUAAUAGCUCAAGAAUGGACUCGUACUGUGCCCACAAUGAAACAUGGCCACCCAUACAACAAGCUAUGGAGCAUGGGACAUGAUGACAUGGCGAUCCCUAACAAGUAUCUUCAAAACCCACCUGAAAUACACCUAACCUUUCACACCAAUAGCACAGUCACACCACACAAGGACAGUGCAUUAACAAAUGUACAGAAAGAGGUAACAAUAGCCAGUUCCCAGGGAAACAUCACAAUUCCUCGGCCACAUGGACGCAAAACUCCAGAACUGGGGAUCGUCCCACCACCCCCUGCAUCUAGAGGAAUAAAGCUGCAGACUGCCACAACAGAGACCAACACACAACAUAUUGGAGACAGCAGCAACUACCAUGGACUGAUAACCGAAGGUUCAUUAAGGCAACAGUCAGCAGACGAUGGAGAAAAAGAGUCCACCGAGUCGAGAACAUCAGCGAUAUUGAAGCCUGUCAAGGUUCCUACAGAGGUUGUAUUGAAUGAUGAUCUUCUAAGCCUCUUGGAUCCUUUAAAAGCUGGCCAGUAUCAAACUGACAGCCAUCCUCCAAUAGGGACAUUACCGCACAGCAUUGAAACUCCUCGUUGCUCCAGCACUCCCUUAUUAACUUCCCUCCAAAGUGACUUUAUGACUCCAGCCUUCUCCCAUCAGUUGGGUUUUACUCCACAACCUGCAUUUCUCCACUCCCCUCUAAAUCCAUUUGCCCAAGCACUGGUAGCAGAAAAAUCAGCCUCUGCAAUGGGACCCCCUAUGGGGGUAUUUAAAGCACCAGUUGCAGCUGCUCUUGGGUCUCAUGCAUUCCUCCCCACAGCUGGCAUAUACCACGGUCCUAGACCUCUCACUUCUGUUUUGCAAGGAAGUAAUCUUUUUGGUCAAAUUUCAUCAGGUGCUUCCAUUUACCCUGUAAUACGCCAGAGUCACAGUCUCACUGAAACCCAGCGCAAUAUGCCACUCACAGCCAGCAUCCCUGCUGGGCACAGAACUUUGCCCAUGGUGCAGUCCCGCUCUAAACACCAGGACAGCAAGCCCCAGGAAUAUCCACCUAUCCCCCCGAGGCCUGCUAAACUGUUAGAACCAGCCCUGCUCCUGACAAAGUCAGACCACCCUAUAGAUCCAUUUGAAGACCUGCUUAAUAAGACCAAGCAGACAGUAACACCAGCAUCAGGCAAAGUGGAACAGCUCCGGAAGCAGUGGGAGACUUUCGAAUGAUGAUUCUCAGGUUCAUGGUUCUGUGUUAGAAAACAGAGGAUUGGUCUGAAAGUAAAUGAUGUCAAUAAUGUGGGAUAAUGGUAAUAUCAAAUAUUCAGACCUACAACUUUACAGUAUCCAAUCCAAGCAAUGUUUACUCCGUCCCGCUUGUUCCUUUCUAAAGCUGGAAUUGUUAUAAUAUAGAACUACUGAACACUAGCUUAGUCAGAAAAAGCUUCAGAUCCGCAGAAUGAGAUCUGUCCACUCAGUGUCCGGAAAUAUUUAUAUUCUAAGGAUUACUCAGCAGACCAAGAUAUCUAGUACACUUGUUUUAGGAUUGUGUCUUUAAAGUGUAGUAGAAGUUACACUUGUCGUCACUACUUGUAUUUGUCAAAAAGCACCCCCCCCUAUAAUGAUGGUAGACUACACAGACAUGUAUAUACUAUUUACGGGUAUGGAAAACUAACCUGAUGAGCUUGCAAUUUUUUUUUUAAGGGAGUAUGGUUAGUAGUACACUUCAUCUAUGAUAUGAUAGACACCAAGAAGAGGCCAGUAAACCAUAAUCCCAAAUGGCACUCACAUAAACAGCAACGUGCAGUGGUUUUGAGUUUUUUUUAUACAGAUCUUAGGAGACGUUUUGGCACUAAGGAUAGGCCAACAUUAAUUCUUCACUUGUAUAAAAAAAAAUAAAGGGGGAAAAGACUAUUUUCAGAUCCGUCCUGAGCGGUUUAUUAAAUAUCCCUGAUUUACUGGCCAAAUGUUUUUAAAGCAAAUAAAUAAAUACAUCUAUGCAGCUCUUGAGGGAGUAGGUGCUCCCUGUGUUAAUCUACAGCUCACGCUUUACUCACAAUUUAAUUAUUAUUAGCUAAGGUAUCACUCAUCUACCACAUGAGAGGGCUGAAAUACAGCCCACUCUACUACGAAUACAAAAGUGCUGAUAGAGGUCAGAAAAAGAAUUCUUGGAUCAUGUCUUGUUUCUGGUGGCUCAGGUUCUCCGACCAAUUCUAUGUCAGUAGAGCGACCUCUGUACAAUGGACAUCGGCCUGACACUAUAUGGAUACUAUACACUGCCGUGGAUCUGCCGCAAAUGCACAGUAUCACACUAUAUACUUAUUAUUUUGCAGUAUUAGCCAGUGCUGUUUGUUUUUGUGUUUAUUUUUUGUUAAUUUUAGCAGUUUUACUGUAUGCAUUUUCUUGUUGUUGUUGUUAAUGCAAUGAUCUAUUAUCUGCAGUAUUAUUUUGUUUGUAUUUUUAGCAUCUUAGAUUUCAUUGUCAUUAAAGCACUGAGAUAUA